GAUCAAUGAUCAAUAAUCUAAAUUGGAACACGCUUUAUAUUUGAGAGAAUAAAAUGUUAUCAUGUUUUCCAAAUUAGAGACACUCCGUAUGAAAAACUCGUUAAACUACGGCAACAGUUAUCAAAUUAUUAACGUUGAUUGGUCUUGAAUAUUAUGUCGGAUGAUAAUUUAAUCAAUUUAUAAGUUAUCAAGAAUAGUUUUAUUUAUUCCACUUGAAUUAAUUUCGGAACCUCAAAGUGUAAUCAUGACCAGUUACACAAACAAAGGAUUUAAGCCAACUAAUGGAAAAUUCCUUAAUUUUCAUCACAUAACUUUCUACGUGGGAAAUGCCAAACAGGCAGCAUCGUAUUAUAUUACUCGCUUAGGAUUUGAACCCCUGUGUUAUAAAGGACUUGAAACAGGUACUAGAGACUAUGUACAUCAUGUGGUUCGACAAAAUGAUAUACGUAUAAUGUUUGUUUCUCCUUAUAAUCCUGGAGAAAAGCACUUGAAUUCUCAUAUAAUGAAACACGGAGAUGGGGUCAAGGAUAUAGCUUUUGAAGUUGAAAACUUGGAGGGAAUCGUUGAAAGGGCAAAACAGAAAGGAGCAACCGUUUUGAAAGACAUCUGGAAAGAAACUGAUUUCAAUGGAACUGUACGCUUUGCAGUACUUCAAACAUACGGUGAUACCACACACACUUUGGUUGACAGACGUUUAUACACUGGAUCAUUUUUGCCCGGAUACGUACCGUGCAAAGAAGACGCCUUGGGAAAAAUUCUUCCAUCGACGAAACUAAAUUUUAUCGACCACGUAGUUGGUAAUCAAGAUAAAGACGAAAUGGAAUCCAUAGCCAAAUGGUACGAAGAUGUUCUUCAGUUUCACAGAUUUUGGUCCGUAGAUGACAGUCAAGUUUUCACGGAGUAUUCUGCUCUAAGAUCUAUUGUUAUGGCCAACUGGGAGGAGAAUAUCAAGAUGCCAUUAAAUGAGCCUGCGCCUGGAAAGAAGAAGAGCCAAAUAGAAGAAUUUGUAGAAUAUUAUGGAGGUGCGGGAGUUCAGCACAUAGCUUUGAAUACGAAGGACAUUAUCAGCAGCGUAUCUAAUUUGAAAGCUCGAGGAGUGGAAUUCAUGGAAAUACCAGACAGUUACUAUGAUAUGUUGAGAGAAAGGUUGAAAUCUAGUAGAACCAAAAUAUUGGAAGACCUCAACGUUCUACAGAAACUAAAAAUACUCAUCGAUUACGAUGAAAAUGGGUAUCUGUUACAGAUAUUCACUAAGAACGUUGAAGACAGACCAACUGUUUUUCUAGAAGUCAUCCAAAGAAGAAAUCACAAUGGAUUUGGUGCUGGAAACUUCAAGUCUCUAUUCGAAGCCAUUGAAAUUGAACAAAAAAAACGAGGCAACUUGUAGAUGAUAGAUAUAAUUUAGUUAUAGACAUUAAUAUAUUAAAAAUAGGAUUUUUUUUGUAUAAUAUGUAUUUGAAGAGUUAGAAUUAGUUUACUUUUUUUAGAGCUAGAUAUAUUAAUUAUUCAUAAGACUUAGGACACAGUUGUACUGAUUUUGAUAUAAACUGAAAUGGAAAUCAGUCGUAAAAAAAUAUUCAUGAAUAUUGUUUUAAUAAAUUUUAGUGAAACAACAA